AUGCCUUCACCAGAACCAGAACCAACCUCCCCCGAACCAUCCACCGAAGCAAUCAAGCCCUUCGACCCUCUCCUGCCCCAGGACCAGGCCCCCGCACCCUACGCCAACGGCCGCUUCGCGCUGUACGUCCUCUUCCCGGCCUCGGACGACGAGCUCCUUGCAAUCGCGCGCACUUGCCACGCCGGGCUCCUCGACGACGGCGCCUGGGACAGUGACAACGUCUUGUGUCCGGCGCCGCGGGCGCGCUGGCUCGGCCGCGAGGACUCUGAUGGCCCUGAGGACACGGACAACCCAGAAGACAUGGACGCCUCCGAUGAUGCGGACGCCUCCGACGACGCGGACGACCGCAUCAACGCCAUAGUGCAGUACCACCGGACGACGAUCCUGCCCUCCCGCGGCUGGGGCGUCUUUUUCGACCGGGCGAACAUGGUCGUAGCGCGGAGCGCGCACUGGCGGCGCGACGGGGUGACCGUCGUCACGCUCGGGACGGCGUGGCUGCUGGAGACGGCGGACGGGGGCGAGUCGUUUCGGCGGGGGUGGGCCGAGUGGACUUUUAAGCCCGAGGCGGUCGGCAGUGUUUGCGUUAACUUGCAGCUCUACAAUAUGGGCUGGGCGGAGUUUACCACGUGGGAGGAUGUGCAGGUCCAGGGGCGCGAGGUCGAUAGGAGGGAUGGUGAGGUGCUGGCUUGGUUGUUGGAGGGUCGGGGCGGUGAUGAGAAGAGAAGAUGGGCUGAGAAGUUGGUGAGGGAGUUUGGGGGGAGGGAUGAGGCGGUGGAUGGGUAG